AUGUUAGUUUUGGAGCCUUUGGGCUAUGUUUUGUCAGUGCCUACACCGUCGGGAGAAAUUAUGAUAGCUAGUGAAAAGAUAAAAGCAUGUCAGUUAGAAAUAGAAAACCGCACCCUCGAUGUGACUUUGAUAGUAUUAGAUAUGCGCGAUUUCGAUGUAAUUCUGGGCAUGGAUUGGUUAGUUGCCAACCAUGCUAGUAUAGAUUGUUUUCGUAAGGAGGUGAAUUUUAACCCCCCUAGAGAAGCCAACUUUAAGUUCAAAGGGGUCGGGAUAGUAGUUUUACCUAAGGUGGUUUCAGUAGUUAAGGACAAGAGGUUGAUUAGCCAAGGAUUGCCUCCACCAAGGGAGAUUGAUUUUACGAUUGAACUGGAGCCAGACACUAUUCCUAUAUCCAAAGCUCCGUACAGAAUUGCUCCGAUAGAAUUGAAAGAAUUAAAAGUUCAAUUGCAGGAACUACUUGAUAAAGGAUAUGGGCAUUAUGAGUUCAUUGUAAUGUCCUUUGGUCUAACUAAUGCUCCAGCGGUAUUCAUGGAUUUGAUGAACUGGGUGUUCAAGGACUUCCUAGACGCCUUUGUAAUCGUUUUUAUUGAUGAAAUUUUGUUAUACUCCAAGACAGAGGUAGAGCAUGAGGAACAUCUUAGGAAGGUCCUAGGAACACUACGAGAAAACAAACUGCACGUCGUGUCGAAGGACGGGGUUUCAGUGGAUCCAGCUAAGAUUGAAGUCGUUACCAAUUGGCCCCGCCCUACGACGGUCAGUGAGGUGCUUAGUUUCCUGGGUUUUGUUGGAUACUAUCGUAGGUUUGUAAAGGAUUUCUUCAACAUGGUCAUGUCGUUGACCCAGCUAAUCAGGAAGGGAGCUUCGUUUGUUUGGAGCAAGGCGUGUGAGGACAGUUUUCAGGACCUCAAGCAAAGGUUGGUUUCAGCCCCGGUUCUCACUAUACCAGACGGCUCCGGGAACUUCGUGAUUUACAGUGAUGCUUCCAAGAAGGGUUUGGGUUGUGUGCUCAUGCAACAUGGUAGGGUGGUCGCCUAUGCCUUCCACCAGUUGAAGAACCAUGAGCACAACUAUCCUACCCACGACUUGGAAUUGGCAGUGGUAGUGUUUGCCCUGAAGAUCUGGGGACACUACUUGUAUGGGGAAAAGAUCCAAAAACGUGUGUCAGUGAAGGGAGUUCUCGAGCGGAGUCAGGUCUUGUUUUGGGACAAUGCGUUACCCCGAGGAUUAAAGGAUACUGUGAUAAGGCUGAAGCAUGAAUAUAAUGUGUUAAGGCCUAAUGUUGAGGUUCAAGAGGAGCCCGGGAAGAUCAAGGAACUUUUAAGAGAAAAAUUCCUAUCCUUAUCAAGAUUAAAUCUCGCUUUGCAGAUUGCUGCAAAUGCGGCAACUGCUGGAGGUCUGCUAGACGAAACGUAUGAUGAGGCCAAGAACAUCCUUGAUCGCAUCUCUAAAAAUCAUAAGAACUGGAGAGAGAGCAAUCAGAGAUUGAGAAUAAAGGAUAAUGAUGCAAACAAUGGUGCUAUCGCAUCACUUUAG